AUGGCGACCAACGGUGUACAAGGUGAGUCUAAAGACUCUGUUGAGCUCUGGAGGCAUCCUCGGCCCGAGUCGACAGAGUUGUACGCUUUUCAGCAGCACGUCGCGAAGAAGUUCGACGUUUCUACGUCCUCCUACCAUGACCUUUGGCAAUGGAGCGUCGACCACCCCGGUGCUUUCUGGGAGGAAGUCUGGCGCCGUACUGGGAUAAAGGCUAACAAGCUGUAUGAUUCUGUCCUCGACGAGUCUGCUCCCAUGUUCCCUAAGCCUGCCUUCUUCCCUGGCUGCGAAUUGAACUUCGCCGAGAACUUGCUAUUUCCUCAGAUGAGCCCUCCCGAUGAUGCCCUUGCUAUUAUUGCUGCCACAGAGACCACGCGCGAACAUGUGACGUGGUCGGAGCUGCGAGAACGCGUUCGGAAAUGUGCUGCUGCAAUGGAAAUGCAUGGACUCAAGAAAGGAGACAGAGUCGCGGGGUAUCUGGCCAACCACUCUAAUUCAGUGGUUGCUAUGCUGGCAGCGACUUCGUUGGGUGCAAUAUGGUCGGGCGUCAGUCCUGAUACGGGCGUAUACGCCGUUCUCGACCGACUCCGUCAAAUUGAACCCGUCAUCUUGUUUGCCGACAAUGCAGUCACAUACAAUGGCAAGGCCCAUGAAACACAUGCCAAAGUGUCGCAGGUUAUCUCAGAGUUGCCUUCAGUUAAGAACAUUGUCAUAUUCGAAAGCGUUCCCGGCCACCACUUUGACAUCUCAUCUCUAAACGAGGACCCAAACAAAGUCGUCGAGACAUAUACUUCCUUCCUGGCCAAGGGUGAUGCGUCGAGACCGCUCUGCUUUACGUAUCUUUCUCCGGAGCACCCUGUCUACAUCUUGUACUCUUCCGGUACCACCGGCGUGCCCAAACCUAUUGUUCACGCUUCUCUGGGGACUCUCCUACAGCAUAAGAAAGAGCACCAGAUCCACUGUGAUGUCAGACCUUUGGAGAAGGUAUUCUACUUUUCUACGGUGACCUGGAUGAUGUGGCACUGGUUGGUGUCGGGCUUAGCUAGUGGGGCAACUAUUGUGUUGUACGAUGGCUCUCCAUUUCAUCCACACAAGGAGAUGAGCAUGCCACUUCUUAUCGAUGAACUUGAAAUCACCCAUUUUGGCACGUCCGCCAAAUACCUUUCCAUCUUGGAACAAUCCCAGACACUGCCCAGAGAAGCCUUCCCUCAAAGCGCCACACUCAACUCUCUGAAGUCCAUUUACUCUACUGGCUCACCCCUAGCGCCGAGUACUUUCGAAUAUGUCUAUAAGAACCUGUCCCCACCAGCCCCUCACCCAGGAAUACUUCUUGGUUCUAUCACAGGCGGGACGGACAUCAUCUCCCUGUUCGGCGCUCCGUGUCCGAUAUUACCGGUCCAUUCAGGUGAAAUCCAAUGUCGUGGUCUCGGUAUGGCGAUCAAAGCCUUCUCUGUGGAUGGCCAAGACAUAACAUCGACCGGCGAACCAGGAGAACUCGUCUGCACUGUUCCGUUUCCUUGCCAGCCAUGCAUGUUCUGGCCUCCGGGCCCAAGUGGCGAAAAACGAUACAAGUCGUCAUAUUUUGAAGUCUUCACUGAUCCCAAAACAGGCCAUCCAAUCUGGCACCAUGGCGAUUUCGUACGCUUCAACCCUUCGACGGGUGGCAUUUGGAUGCUUGGCCGAUCGGAUGGCGUGCUCAACCCCAUGGGCGUUCGUUUCGGCUCUAGCGAGAUCUAUAACAUCCUGCUCAAGCAUUUUAGCGCAGAAGUCGAAGAUGGAUUAUGCAUCGGCCGGAAGCGCGAACAGGACACCGAUGAAGCUGUCGUCCUAUUCCUCAAAAUGGCGCAAGGACAAUCCUUCUCAAAGGACCUGGUGCGCAAGAUCCAGUCUGUAGUGAGGAAGGAAUUGAGCGCCCGCCAUGUGCCAAAGAUCGUAGACGAGUGUCCCGAAAUCCCAAUCACGACAAAUGGCAAGAAGGUUGAAGGUGCCGUCAAGCAGAUUCUAAGUGGCAUGCAUAUCAAGACAAGCGCAAGCGUAGCUAACAGUGGCUGUUUGGAUUGGUACAGGGAAUGGGCAAAAACUCAUUAG